AUUUAUAAUAUAUAUAUAAGUAUAUUUGUAUAUUUGGUUAGAAACAAAGAAACAAAGAAAGACUAUGCCACAAUUUCAUCCUGCUAGUAAAAGACCUUCGUUUGUCAAUUUCCCUAUUCCAUUUGACCAUCCUUAUAUACUCCCGACCCUUCUCUUGACCGUUUCGGCUUCAUCCUUGGUCUAUUAUUAUCUUCAGGCGACUCAUGCAGCAGAUCUCAUUGAAGCAGUGAGACAUCGCGAUAUCCGCAGACGACGCACGCUCAAACGACCCGAAGAAAGAUAUGCCAGUCUCAAGAUUGACCGGUUGUUUGUAAAUCCUUUCAAGGAAUGGCAACCCGUGUCCUGGUGGGUAGCUGUUCUGUUUUGGUUUCCUCGGUGGAGAAGGAAUGGUGUCCCCAAGUCAAUCAAAGCAUUGGACGAGAGCUUGCCAAUCCAGACUCCUUCCUUUGACAUCAUCUUUCCAACUACCGAGAUGUCGGCUUCGUUGGAAAACCCAACCCCAGAAAUUACCUUUACUUGGCUGGGACAUUCAAGCUGUUUGAUGACAAUCGGGGGUAUUACUGUCCUUACUGAUCCAGUAUUCACUGACUGUCUUGGACCUCCUGGAUUUGGGGGACCAAAACGUUUACGACCACCGCCAUGUGGAUUGAAGGACAUACAAGACAAGAUUGAUAUUGUACUGGUGUCUCACAAUCACUUUGAUCAUCUGGACGAAUCGGUGGUUCGGACCCUUGGAAAUUCGGUGACAUGGUACACACCCCUUGGUCUUCGGGAUUGGUUUGUCAACCUGGGCGUAGAUAAUGUAAUCGAAUUAGACUGGUGGCAGGAGAUACAUCACAAGGAAACACCUGACAUUGUUAUCGCAUGCGUGCCGACCAUGCAUUGGAGUGGCAUGAGGAAGCCGUUUGAUGUGAAUCAGACUCUCUGGUGCAGUUUUGUCGUGAGAUCCUCCAAACAUCGGCUCUUUUUCUGUGGAGACGGCGGUUAUGUCCCGGAUCUAUUCAAGGCAAUCGGAGAGAAAUACGGUCCUUUUGAACUGGCAGCCUUACCUAUAGGAGGCCAUGAAACCAAUCGUCCUCAACAACACAUGUCUGCAGAACAAGCUGUGCAAGUACACAAGGCAAUUGGAUGUCCCAGGGUGUCUGUAGGGAUUCAUUGGGGUACAUUUAUGUUAUCAAACGAGCAUUACCUGGCACCACAAAAAUUUAUUGAACAAUGUGGAGAAAAAGGGUUUAAGACAACGGCCCUGGGAGAGACAUUGUCCCUUUAGCUUAUAGAAAUAAACUCCUUGCAUUAAAUGCAGU